AACAUUAGAGAAAUGUUGUUACUAUUUGUUUUUCUUGCUUCUUUAUUUUGCCAAAUACGUGGACACGGCAUGAUGUUAGAUCCCCCAGGGAGAAGUUCAUUGUGGAGAUUCAACGACUUAGCCCCGAUUAAUUACAAUGAUAAUCAGAAUUUUUGUGGAGGUUUCUAUGUCCAACAUAGUUUGAAUAAUGGAAGUUGUGGUGUGUGUGGUGAUAUAUAUAAUGAUGAACAUCCUCAAGACAAUGAAAAUACUGGUAAAUAUGGACAGGGUAUAGUUGUUAAGGAAUAUGAAGGAGGUUCAGUUAUCGAUGUAUUUAUAAACGUCACUGCAAACCAUUUAGGAUACUUUUUAUACAGUCUCUGUGAGCUGGAGGAUCCAAAUGCUCCUGAAUCUGGAGAAGAUUGCUUUGAAUCACUUUUCUUAGAAGAUGGUUCAACAAACUUCACAGUAACAGAAGACAUAUCUGAAGUUACUAAUAGAGUUGUUUUACCCAAUAUCGACUGCCCUAGAUGCGUAUUAAGAUGGACUUACAUAACAGGUAAUAAUUGGGGAUUAUGUGAUGACGACGUAUGGAGACGAGGCUGUGGACCACAAGAAAACUUUAGAUCAUGUUCUGAUAUUUCAAUUACUGCUACUGAGUUAACGAAGCAAGGAUUUGAAAUGGAAUAGAAUUUGUUAUAUUGUUAAUACGUACAGCUGAUUAGCUUCUCAAUUAUAAAUUCUUUUUCUUUAAAUAAAUAAAUAUAAUCAGACAGUA